ACAGCCCUCCAUCCUUCCUUCGCUCUCCCUGGGAGCGCGCCCUGAGCUCAGCCAUGGUGGACAUGGGGGCCCUGGACAACCUGAUCGCCAACACGGCCUACCUGCAGGCCCGGAAGGCCUCGGACAGCGACAGCAAGGAGCUGCAGCGGCGGCGCCGCAGCCUGGCCCUGCCCGGGCCGCAGUGCUGCGCCGAGCUCCGCCGCGGGCCGUCCCCGCACUUCCACAGCCUGUGCGAGCAGCAGCCCAUCGGCCGCCGCCUCUUCCGUGACUUCCUCGCCACGGUGCCCACGUACCAAGAGGCUGUGGCCUUCCUGGAGGAGGCGCAGAGCUGGGAGCUCGCUGAGGAGGGGCCCGCCAAGGACAGCGCGCUGCAGGGGCUGGUGGCCACCUGUGCGCACGGCCCUGCCCCGGAGCACCCGCACCCCUUCCUCAGCCCGGCUCUGGCCACCAGGGGCCAAGCAGCCGCCACCAAGGAAGAGCGAGUGGCCGUGGUGGAGCUGGCCAAGGCUGAAGCCAUGGCCUUCUUGCAGGAGCAGCCCUUCAGGGAUUUCCUGGCCAGCCCCUUCUAUGACAAGUUUCUGCAGUGGAAACUCUUUGAGAUGCAACCAGUGUCAGACAAUUACUUCACUGAGUUCCGAGUGCUGGGGAAAGGUGGUUUUGGGGAGGUAUGCGCCGUCCAGGUGAAAAACACUGGUAAGAUGUAUGCCUGUAAGAAACUAGACAAGAAGCGACUGAAGAAAAAAAAUGGCGAGAAGAUGGCUCUCUUGGAAAAAGAAAUCUUGGAGAAGGUGAGCAGCCCUUUCAUCGUCUCUCUGGCCUACGCCUUUGAGAGCAAGUACCAUCUCUGCCUGGUCAUGAGCCUGAUGAAUGGCGGAGACCUCAAGUUCCACAUCUACAGCGUGGGCACGCGGGGCCUGGCCAUGAGCCGGGUGGUCUUCUACGCAGCCCAGAUGGCCUGCGGAGUGCUGCACCUCCAUGCCCUCGGCAUUGUCUACCGGGACAUGAAGCCUGAGAACGUGCUUCUGGACGACCUCGGCAACUGCAGGCUUUCCGACCUGGGGCUGGCUGUGCAGAUCCAGGACGGCAAGCCCGUCACCCAGAGGGCUGGAACCAAUGGUUACAUGGCUCCUGAAAUCCUAAUGGAAAAGGUGAGUUAUUCCUAUCCUGUGGACUGGUUCGCGAUGGGAUGCAGUAUUUAUGAAAUGAUUGCUGGACGAACACCAUUCAAAGAUUACAAGGAAAAAGUCAAUAAAGAGGAUCUAAAGCAAAGAACUCUGAAAGAGGAGGUCAGAUUCCAACAUGAUAACUUCACAGAGGAAGCUAAGGAUAUUUGCAGACUCUUCCUGGCUAAGAAACCAGAGCAACGCUUAGGAAGCAGAGACAAGUCUGACGAUCCCAGGAAACACCCUUUCUUUAAUACCAUCAACUUUGCUCGCCUCGAAGCCGGCCUAAUCGAACCCCCAUUUGUGCCAGACCCGUCGGUGGUGUAUGCCAAAGACAUCGCUGAAAUUGACGAUUUCUCCGAGGUUCGGGGGGUGGAAUUUGAUGAGAAAGAUCAGAAGUUCUUCCAAAGAUUUGCAACAGGUGCUGUCCCCAUAGCGUGGCAGGAAGAAAUUAUAGAAACAGGACUUUUUGAGGAAUUGAAUGACCCCAACAGGCCCACAGGUCGUGGGGAGGGUAAUUCCUCCAAGUCUGGUGUGUGUUUGUUAUUAUAA